AUGAGCUGUCAUUCAGAUAACAAGGAGCUAAACUCCAAGCGCAGUUUCAUCCUACCAGGACAUUCACACCAGAAAUCACGAGAUGCUUGGUGCCUACUCAGCCAUUUGUGUCAUUUCCUAGGCUUUCCUCAGACCUUGUCGUGCCACCUGAUCAACACCUCUGUGGUGCCCAUCACCUUCCAUCUUCGCAUCCCUGAGGACGGCCAGGGACAGCCCAGCCUUUCCAGCUUUGACCAAGUGAAAUACAACACUCAUCCCUCCUGGGAAAAAGGCACACUGGCUCCAUGUCAGGAGAAGCCAAGGGAGUUCACCAUAACACCCAGCACAGGGACCAUCCCUGCCCAGGGAUUCCAGGAGAUCAAGGUCACGCUGUGUUCCAAUGACGUGGGACAAUAUGACUGUGAUAUGGUGGUGGACGUGGAUGGUUUUGGCAAGGAGGUGUUGGCUCUGCGCCUCAAAGCAAG